AUGGCUGAAAUCGGCGCCGGUAUAGGCGAGAUUAUGGCCGUAGCCGGGGCGGACUCGACGGGAUCACUUUUCAUCCCAAACGUUUAUGGGUUCAAUGCCGUCCAGGCAGCAAUUUUGCUCAAAGUCUUUCUGCCAAGCCAGCUGAAAGACACAGCAACGGCGGCCGUAGGAGUUCCAAUGAUGAUGAUUGGACUUUCGCAAAUCCUUUUCGUCGCCGUACCCACCUUGCUGAGCAACACGAAGCAGUACAAAAAGCCCGUCUACAUUGCAUGCGCAGUUGCAUGUGCGCUCACCAUCGUUGCCACCUGCUCCUCAUUGAAACUAGCGGAUAUGGCACAGACCGACUUUCGACAAACGGUAGCAAUCGACUUCACGUCGAUGGUUGGAUUUUCCGUAGUAGGAAACCCUUCCCCGUACGCAUACACAUGGGUGUAUCUGUUAUCGGCCGCCAAUGUCGUUUUCGAACUCAUGACUAUCCUGCGCUUGAGGGCCAUGCUUUCAUCGGAAAACCUCUUCGGUCGGAUUCUGUUUGCCGCGACUAUCCUGAGCUGUCUUAGUCACCUCGCAGCCGCAUGGAUUCCCAAUUCCUACUUCCUGGCAAGAGGGAACGAGGAUUAUAACAAGCUGGAAGACGCUUUCAACAGCCUCAUCCUCGCUGAUGCGAUUGUCACCUUCGUCCUCAACACCAUGACUGACUGGACAUUUAUAUACAUCUUGCUGAGCAAGAUGGAGUGGAAUCGCACAAUCCUCAUUCAGAUUGCAAAGUCCAGCAUAGUGCUGCGUUAUUCCGUAAACACAAUCUGCGCCAUCGUCUGCAUCGCCCAGAUCAACGGGCCCACAUUCUACGUCUCCCUGCUAUACACCGGCUCCCGCUGCAUGUGGGUGGCCUGGCAGAUCACCACGUUCAUCCAGUUCUCGUUCGUCCACACGAAGGAGAUCGUCACGGCAUACUCGGCGUCCAUUCAAGGGUCAGGCAGGAGUGCCAGUCAGAAUCGGAGCCAGUACAAAUCGUCUGCUCCGCAAACGGAGAAAAGCGCCACCGCGAAAGUGCCUGGCGCGCUUCGUGCCCCGGUUGUCGUGUUGAAGACGUCGUCGGAAAACGAGGAGAAAGUUUAG